AUGUCGGACGAAGGGGGGAUUGAUUCCAUGGACUUCGACCGCGAUGACAACAGCUCAACUCGCUCAAACGCUAGUAGUAAGAGCGCGUCCCUGCCCACCUUGCGCCCCGUUACACUCCGUCAGGUACUUGAAGCAAAGCGACCCUGGUCCGGUAAUGACACGGUCCCGUGGUACAUCGAUGGGCAGCAGAUCCAUCAUAUCCUAGUCGUCGCCAGUGUUGUUGCUGAGGGAUUCAGGCCCGAAUCGCGCACGGCGUGGUAUAGGCUCGAAGAUGGCACGAAUAGGCGCACUGUCACCGUACUGCGCUAUAUCGAGGACCCCAACGAUGCACAUAUCCUCCCGCAAGGGCAAGGUUUUGUACCGAAAAACGUAUAUGUCCGUGUCAUGGGGCAUCUCUUUGCAGAUAGAGGUGGGGGCUCGCCAUCAAUUCGCGCGGACGCAUUCCACGUUGUACAGGAUCCGCAUGAGCCGUACGUGCAUGUGUUGAGAGUAAUGUAUGUGCAUAUGGAGGAUCAAAAGGGAGCUCCCCCACAGGAAUUGCUGCGAAACCUCACGGAGGACGACAAAGAACCCUUAGAGAACAUAUCUGUAGCGAACGGCACCUCAAGCAGCUCAACACUGAGAGCGGGUACUUCUGUUGCUCGCCCAUCACGGCCUUCUCAGGCGCCCCCAGUCGCGGCACCUCGGGUCGAACCUGCCGCACCACCACCGACAGCAGAACCAAGUAUGGCAGCGCCCAGUACUCCAGCACGUCGGCCUCCCACAAGUGACAUCGAAGAAGAGCCCAUCGCGAAGCGUCCUGCACCCAUUUUUUCAUCUUCCGCGUCCACCGCAUCAGCUUCAAGUUCGGCCGCAGCCUCAGCGCGCAACCCGUUCCCCACGUCGCCUCGCACGCCUCGCACGCCGACCAAGUCCUCACGCUCAAGCUUCCGUCCCGCACAGAGCUCGCCAUUCACGCCGAACACCGAGCACCGGUUCCGCACCCUGAGCACACACGACCCGCUCUCGGAUCUGACGAUCCUGCAGCGCAAGGUACUUCUGAGAAUCAUGGAGGCUACGGAGGCAAACUUUAUCAUGGGCCUCGACGUGACCACACUCGCGACAGACCUCAUGGCUGAGGGGAUCACGAAUGAUGCUCGCGACAUUGCAGACGGACUGGAUCAUCUAGCGGAUGCAGGGCAUAUUAUUGGGGACCCGGAGGGGAUGUACUAUCGUACGGCCGAUUUGAAGGGGAAGAAGCCGACGUACACGUUGGUACCAGAUGAUUGA